AUGCUCCGAGACUGCGCGACAACGAACUUCUACUCACCACAACGAGUCGGCGUCGACCAGAUGGAGUCCCUCAUCUUCCGCAUCUGGGAUAUCGUAGACUGGAUUGUUUUCGCGGUCUCGACCUGUCUCGGCACAACUUGCCUGCGCACGUUUGUACAAGCUCGUGCCGCUAUGGCCAGGAUGCGCGAGGCGGCUGCGGGACGUUUCUGUGCGACUGAUCAUCCUUGGGGAUAG